AUGCUGCGCUCAGCUUGCCUGCGUUCACGCCCUGCAUUUUGCAGCUGGGGCAGCCAGCGCUUUUCCUUCUUCAAGUCUGCUGUGCGACAUCAUGUCACGCCGCGUCAUAAUCCCAAGUUCAACGGAUGGGCAUCCUGUUCAAGCUCGUUUGGCGGAAGCCUUCUGAGAAGGCUGGCAGGAUGCCGGCCUUCAGGACUAGCUUGGAGGCUGGGCGGCCAGCGAGGCAAAGCAGUAGUUCCUCUUGGUUGGUCCCAGAUUCGGGCAAGGCCAAUGGCAUACCUGACGAUUCCACUGGUCGCCGCGUUUGUUGGUUGGUUCACUAACUGGGUAAGCGUCCAGAUGCUGUUUUAUCCCAUAGAGUAUGUCGGCAUCGACCUCUACCGCAAGAAGCAUGUUCCCUAUGGUCUGAUUGGCUGGCAGGGCGUUGUGCCCACGAAGGCUGAUGUGAUGGCAGCGCGCCUCACCGACAUCGUCACUGCCAAGCUGUUGAGCUUGCCGGAGGCAUUUUCGCGCCUCGACGCGCCGCACUUCGCCUCGCUGAUCCUCCCAAGCAUCGAGGAGGCCAUACGCAAUGAGGCGCCCAAUGGGGCGGCCUGGGCUCUGUUGCUGAAACCUCUCCUGCACUGGGCGCUCUGUCGCGUGGUUCGGGCACUGCAGCGAGACAUCUCGCAGGUUCUGGAUCUGGAAGAGGUGGUUACUGAAGCAUUCCUGCGCGAUGUGCAGGUUCUCGUCGAGCUCUUCCAGAGGGUGGGCCGCCGGGAGCUGGAUUUCCUCGUCAUCUCAG